CCGCUCAAUCAUCCUGCGGAGCUUGAACUCUGCGUAUAUUCGGGGCUACCACCAAGGUUUAAAAUGGCCCUUGUAUUUGGAAGCAUCAGAAGAUCUUUUCUGAACCCAAAGAGCAUCAAAACUCUCACAGAUUUACAGAGCAGGCUUGUCACAACAAGCGGCUCUAUCAGAAACUUGGCUGAAAAUUAUGACGAAUUCGCUGGCCGACCUCUGUACCUGGAUACCCAAGCAACGACACCCAUGGAUCCGCGGGUACUGGAUGCGAUGCUGCCAUACCUGACCGGUUACUACGGCAACCCACACUCGCGCACCCACGCGUACGGAUGGGAGAGCGAGGCGGCAGUGGAAAAGGCCAGAGCGCAAGUGGCCGAUCUGAUCGGUGCAGAUCCGAAGGAGAUCAUCUUCACCUCGGGCGCCACCGAGUCGAACAACAUCGCCGUCAAGGGCGUGGCCAAGUUCUACCGCUCCAAGAAGAACCACGUCAUCACUACCCAGACGGAGCACAAAUGUGUGCUGGACUCAUGCCGGUACCUGGAGAUGGAGGGGCUCCGCGUGACGUACCUGCCGGUGCGGCCGAACGGUCUGGUCGACCUGGCACAGCUUGAGGAGGCCAUGACGCCGCAGACCGCGCUCUGCUCCAUCAUGACGGUUAACAACGAGAUCGGCGUGCGCCAGCCCGUGGAGGAGAUCGGACGGAUGUGCCGUGCGCACAAGGUGUUCUUUCACACGGACGCCGCCCAGGCCGUGGGCAAAAUCCCGGUGGAUGUCAACGAUAUGAGCAUCGACCUGAUGUCCAUCAGCGGUCAUAAGCUGUAUGGGCCCAAAGGUGUGGGCGCGCUGUACGUGCGCCGGCGGCCGCGCGUGCGCCUGGAGGCGGUGCAGUCUGGUGGCGGUCAGGAGCGCGGCAUGCGCUCCGGCACGGUGCCCACCCCGCUGGUGGUCGGGCUCGGCUCCGCCUGCCGUCUGGCCGCCGAGGAGAUGGAGUACGACAGCCGUCGCAUCACGGCGCUGUCCCGCCGCCUGGUGGAGCGUAUGGAGCGCGAGCUACCGGACAUCAUCCGAAACGGGGACGCCGAGCACACCUACCCUGGCUGCGUCAAUCUGUCGUUCGCCUACGUCGAGGGUGAGAGUCUGCUGAUGGCGCUGAAGGACGUGGCUCUGUCGUCGGGCAGCGCCUGCACCAGCGCCUCCCUCGAGCCCAGCUACGUGCUGCGCGCUAUCGGCGCCGACGAGGACUUGGCCCACUCCAGCAUCAGGUUCGGGAUCGGCCGGUUCACCACCGAAGAGGAGGUGGACUACACGGUUGACAAGUGCAUCCAGCAGGUCCGGAGACUGCGAGAGAUGAGGUGA